AUGGCUCGUUCGAGUUAUCUAGAUCAUGAAAGCUCGUGCCGAGACCACCUUAGUGGGGUGGAAUACUAUAUGUUCGCCGAAGGAAGCUGGGGGUUGGGUUUUCAAAAGCAAAGUAACUACUUGAUGUCGUUGUUAUACCGUAUGACGUUGAAUUUUGUUUGGGAUAUUUGCAAGGGGGUUCGUUGGUCGAUCGGUGAUGGAAUGUCAGCAUGGUUUUGGUUGGACAAGUGGUUACGCAAUUCUAUCACGCUUGUUGAUGUUACAAUAGGCGUAGCGAUGGAAUCUGUUUUCCUCAUUGUUUCCCAACAGCUAUCCUUCGAGUUGUUGUUUGCUUGCCGCCGAGAGUAG